CGCUAGCUUGAGGCAACAGGUUAGUUCCCGCCAAAAGAAGCAACUCCCUCUCCCGACGACAUCUCGACGACUAUCGAUCACGAUCCGUUCUUGUCGAGCAACUAACACGAUCGCUACAGCUCUCAACGUGGCAUAACCUGUUCCUUCGUAUUUUGCGCUAUUUAUCCUUCUAGCAUGCUUGAAUUACUCCAAGUGUUUCGAUGAACUCCUCUCCGGGUGAAUUGUGAUCAUGAGCGGCCGCGAUCGCCCUCGCGGGCUGCCUUCCAAUAUCUCCCCCCCAAACGAACGACGGCCCAUGGCGGAGGUACACAAUGGUAGCGGCGCAAACCCUGGGCCAGUGGGAAUGUCCAGGGCAGAGAGAUUCGAGGACGAGAAGCGGCGGCUGAUCCAAAGCUGUUUUAGCAAGCAAGAUGUGGAUGGUUCAGUUCUCGAGUCCUAUAUUACGCAUAUACGAAUUACCGAGGAUGCGGCGUUCCCUUCAACACCUGCUCCGCCAAACUCACCCCCUGAAAAUAAAAAGGCUCGUGUGAUAAUCGUUUCGGUGAGAAAGUCUGGGAGGGUUCGCAUGCAUAAAGCGAGAGAGAACAAUGACGGUACAUUUUCAAUCGGCAAAACAUGGCUGUUGGACGACUUAUCCCGAAUCCAGAUUUACGAACACAUGCCUGUAUCGAGCCCUGCUGAGCAACAACAGAAAAUGUGGGCAUCGAAUAUUGGAUUCGUAGUGACCGUAUCCAAACCUUACUAUUGGCAAGCUGCCAGCCUCAAGGAGAAGGAUUUUUUUAUUGGCAGUUUGGUGAAGAUAUAUAAGAAAUAUACUGGUGGCAAGGUUCCGGAACUGCUUGGUUUCGACCCUCGCGAUCGAGACAUGAUUACCGGUACUGUGGCUCCCAUUCCGCAAAAUGGACCUUCCUCAGGUUCUCGUGCUCCUCCCCUCGGCCGCCCAGAGAGUCCUGGACCGCAGACCAGGUCGGCGCAAAACCAAUUCAACGUCCCGCAACCGCCAUAUUCUGCCAACCGGCUUCCCAGCCGCGAUGGAGCAAGAGAACAUAGGUUGCAGGCGUCCCGGGAACAGUUCUUACACACUCCUCCAGCGCAGGAUGAAGGACAAAGACCACGCCCUGAGCUCCCCGCGUCUAAGACUUCUCAACAAGGGUUUCGAGGUGAGCUGUCUCCGAAGCCAUCCGGAAACAAUACCCUCAAUAAUUCCCACACCCCAACACCAUUUCACGCGGGCCAGCCACCCCGGACCCGGCCUCCUGCUCUAUCGCCAGCUCCCAAUCCUUUAUCAAGUUCGACCGGUAACCAGCCUAGAACGCAGUUUAACAUCGAAAAUGGCAUUCGUCCGGCACGAAGCCCAGUUUCGAAUGAUAAUGGUCGACCCGUUGAAUCUAGCAAGAUAUCCACUUCGGAAUCUGGUGCUAAAAUUGAUUCAGAAGUCCCUAAAAGUAGAGCAGUCCUGCUGGAUUCUGUCCAGCCAUCGGCUCCUACACCGUUGGGACGUCCACCGAUGUCUACCAUUGGUAGCUCUGAGGUUCAAAGUAGUAAAAGCGAGGCGGAGGAUCGCUUUGUCACUCCUUUCACUUCAGAAGCUUCCCUAAAUCUUGGUGCGCGUUCUCUUUCUAGAGGGAGUGAGAAAUCCACAGGGGUGCCGGAAUCCACCAGCGCCCAACGGCACGUUCCUAUGUCGCUGCGACCAUGUUCUGGAGACGUUAGUAGUAAUACCAAAUCUUAUACUCGCUCGGUAAACGAACCUGAAAGCGUUGUUAGAGAACUGUCGCCUGACGCAGCCGAGAGCCCUGUCAUGGGCGAAAUAUCCGAUGUACCUAAAAUACUUUCAUCUUCAAUCAAACCUACUACACUCACCGAAUCACCUGAAACCGCUCCUACGGAAGGAGGAGAAGGAGAGACACAUCGUCCAGGUCUCGGUCCAAUGGUGAAAAAGAAGCCGGCGGAACUCGCGUCUACACUCCGAAAGGCAGCCACUACAUAUGGUGCUUUCAAACCUAGACCGGGGGGUGCGGCAGAUAGAUUGCUGGCCACCAAGGAGAAAAGUGGAGAUGAGCCAGACGGUAUUACCGGUGUGAUUCCGGCGCCCCUAUCUAGGAAGAUGACUGAUGAUUCCAUUGAAACUACUGGGCCCCCUUCGAUAGAGUCAUCAACAAGGGACACACAACCGUUUGUUCCUCCAAUGGAAGCGCCCAAGGUUCAAGAAGUGCCUAAAGUCCAGCUUGCUGAGCCCGCACCCCAACCUCAGCCAUCAAAGGAAAGUCCAGUUCCUAUCGAUAGUACGGCAGGUACCACUCACUCGAAAGUGCCACCGUCACAAGAAGAACGCCGGCGCCAGCGCCGCGAGGACAAUACGGCACAAUAUUGUACCGCUCUUGCCAUAGACCCAAGCCUUUUGGAGGGUAGGGGAGGAUACUUCGACGAUAUACUAAGUGACCUAGGAUGGAAUGGGAGACUGAGCGAGGACAAACGGAUUGACGAUCUCGAGGCAGAUGUCCGGCGAGAGAUAGGUCGGGUACAAGCAAGUAGCUGGCUGGGACAUCUCGAGCAGCAGGAAGGCAAGGUGGACCAACUCUCAAAACUAUUUGACAAAGCCAUUGCCGAAUGCGAUGAACUGGAUGGCCUACUGAUGCUAUACGCACAUGAACUGAAUACCCUUGUGGAUGACGUCGCUUAUAUCGAAGCACAAUCUCAAGGUUUGCAGGUCCAAACAGCGAAUCAAAAACUUCUCCAAAAUGAGCUACAAAACCUCCUCAAAACCAUUUCCAUUUCUUCCGAGGACCUUCGACCUCUCCGAGAAGCAUCCUUAAGCAGCGCAGAAGGCAUCGAGGAGACAGAAUCUUCCCUUUCCCUCCUGUACGAAGCAAUGGUGACGAUUGAUCCUGAUAUUAGGAUAAAUAAAAAGCGACUAGCGGAUGCUGCUGGCGAUCGUGGUGCAAUUGGCGUCUAUGCUGAUACCGAAGUUGGCCAGAUGCGCGCGGUGAAGGAGAAAACAGGUGAAUACCGUGAUGAAACCCAACUUUUCUUACAGCGUUUGAAGCAGUACAUGGGGCUCUCCUUUAAAAUUGCGGAGCAAAAAACGGUGGAUUCGAUCGCGAGCUCUAAGUCAGCAAAAGUUUUCUUGGGUGCUCAUGAUGCCGCCAGGCAAGACCUCUGGAUGUACAAUGCCUUAAUGCUUUUCGCUCGGGAGGUUAGCACAGCAGACUGGACUUCCAUUACUACGCAAUAUGGGCAGCAGAUGAAGAAACCAUAUCAGAAUGAGUUCAGGGAUAAUACUAUGGCCUGGAAGCGUGAAGCGCGGAAGCCUACCGGCGAUGAACAAGAGCUGCUAUUCACGUAUCAAGACAAGGAACGGGAUGGGGAGGGUAUCACCACUGCCGCCCGGAAGUUGACAGUGAGGCGAGGCAAAACAGUCCGCGUCGCUGGGACCUCGCGAAUGCCAGCAGUGGAUAAAGCUGGCGGGAAAAUAGAGCCCUACGAAGUUUUCGGCGGUUCGUUAGAAGACACAACGAAGCUAAUUGCUGAAGAACAAAACUUUAUCGUGAAAUUUUUCCAUCUGACCUCACUCUCGAACGUCGAGUUCCAGGAUUUAAUUUCAGCUGCUCGACCAGAGGAUCGACGACUACCCAAUUUGAGUGGCAAUGAGUCUUACGACCCAGAUCGCGAAAUGGCCAAGAAGGUUGAGCGGAUUAUGGAAGCAAUAUUCUCCCCCUGGAUCUCUGAUAUGCAGAAUCUAGCGGACUGGGCCAUUAGAGAAGAUCCAUUGCAAGGAGUUGGCAUCUUAUUUGCUUUGGAGAGAAAGAGGUCAGUUUUUGAUGAAACAAGCCAGGAAUUCAUUGCUCGCAGUCUUCACAAAAUUCAUUCUCGCUUCAUGGGACUUUUCAACCGGUUCGUCGACGAACAAAUCCGUGCCAUCGAAGAAACGAAACUCAAGGUCAACAAGCGUAAAGGAGUUAUUUCAUUCAUGAGAAUUUUCCCUAAUUUCUCUGCAUCGAUAGAAAAUAUGAUUUCAUUGCCAUCGCAAGAAACCUUUGACAUCCGUUUUUGCGUGAAUGAUGCCUAUGAGAAAAUCAACCGCGCCAUGUGGGACAGUCUGAAGUUUAUCGCCAAGGAAGCACCUGGCCAGCAAUCUGUUGCGUCCGGAGGUGGUCAGGACCCAGAAGACAAAGAGGCACUGAAUUAUCAUAUCCUCUUGAUUGAGAAUAUGAAUCAUUACAUUGAAGAAGUUGACUCCCGCGAUAACAUCAUUUUAACCGAAUGGAAAGAUCGGGCUGCGCACGAUUUACGCGAACACUUGCGGUUGUAUAUAGAUGCUGUGAUCCGCCGGCCUCUUGGUAAACUGCUUGACUUUAUCGAGUCUACGGAGUCCCUCCUCCAGACAGCCGCGACGCCAACCGAUAUCGCCCUCCGUACCAGCCAUUCACGUGUCGUUGCGAAGAAACUUCUCACCUCGUACGAUACGAAAGAGCUGCGACGGGGCAUUGAUGCUCUGAAGAAGCGUAUUGAGAAGCAUUUUGGAGAUGCCGACGAUCCAGGUGUUUCGCGCAGUUUGGUGGUGAAGGUGUUGAGAGAAUGCGAGACGCAGUAUUCAGACAUACAUGACCGUGUGAGACAUAUAAUUGACUUGGUUUACGAGGGACAGAUGGAAUUGGAGUGGCGGAAGGAGGAGGCUGUAGCCAUGUUCAAGCGAUGAUUGAGGGGAAAAAAAGUUUGUGUCUUGUUUCUUCGAUCAUCGCGUUCGAUAUUUUCUCCGACUUAUUGAUUUUUGGAAAUGAUAUUAUUGGCGUUGAGGGGUCGAAUCCGAUGCACGUAAUUACGUUCAACUUACAAUCCUCCUUUCGUCUCUUAUUUGGUUCUUCUAUCGCGAUUUCAUCUUACUAGUUUUGUUUUACAUUCAUUUGCUUUUCUUUCUCAUAUAUGCCACCCACCUCUUUGGCUAUUACUUUUGAUCUUCCAUGCUCCCUUUCUACCUAUCCCUUUUUCAUAGCCUUAUUUAUAUCAAUCACUCGUUUACGCGUUCAUUGUUUUACCUCCAGCGGCCCCCAUUAUUUUUCCCUUCUCCUUUCAUCCAAGCAGAUAAUUAACCGCUGUAAAUUAAGACAAUUAUAUACUUCUUCACACUUUAAGGGUCGAUCUUCAGUAGACGAAAUUGGCGGCAGGAAGCAUAUAUUCCAGGAGAAAAGGUAUGAAGGGAGACGCCAUGGCACGAGGAAUUAGAAAUGUAUCUCUUCGCAAAGAUGUUUCAAGAAAUUUUUCGUUAGGUUUUAUGGUGGGAUAGUUAUAGUUUAUAGCUAUGUCUGUACAUGAUCUUUUCACCACUUUAAUUUUAAUUUUAAUUUUUA